AUGUCGUCUGUCGAUGUGGAACCUUCUGCCAUAGGCCAUAAUACCCAACCUGAACAGCUGACAUCUGACCGGUCCUCGUCCGACGAGCUAAGGGACAAGGGCUUUCCGCCACAGAGGCACGCGGGAGCAGUCGGCCUCGGGCCCGAGUAUGCCAUAACUACGGGUUUCUCAGACAAACUGCAAGGGCUCAAAGAAGAGAUGAAGGGGAAAAUUCUAGGAAAGCCGGAGCUCGUUGAACACGGCCGAGAGCGCAGGACAGGGGAAUUGAAGAGAAAGGAGAGAGAGCGAGCAGAUACACAGGAUCCGUUUGCAAAUCAAGGCGGUGGCUAG